UAAAAAUGUUGUGGGAAGCUUUAGUCUUUCCACGUGUGAUUCAGAAGACUUGAUCUCUCGUAUUAAUAUUUUCCACUUUGACUUCCGCAUCAGAAACUGUAUAAGACGCAAGGAGUCCAAGGCCUCGCUAAAUACUCAACAGCGAGGAAUCCGUCCAUCAUCUCCUAGCCCUCCUUGAUCUUCCGGUACGAUGCUGGGGUUCUACCUGUUGGUUCUUGCCCUUCCUCUGGUGAGGUUGAGUUUCUAUCUGGAUGAUACAUUGGACUCGGAGUGGGAGAAAUGGAAGAAAGCUCACAGCAGGCAAUACAACGGCCAGUUGGAUGAGCUCAAGAGACGUCAGGUUUGGGAGAAGAACCUAAAGAUGAUCCGUGCCCAUAAUGUUCAAUUUUCCCAAGGGAUACAUUCCUAUGACCUGGCCAUGAACCAUUUUGGAGACAUGACCAGUGAAGAAAUUGUUCAAAAAAUGACCGGCUUAAGAAUCCCAUCUUCUCGCUCGGCCAACAACACCUAUACUCCAGACUGGAAAUCCCGAAUCCCCAAAUACAUAGACUACAGGAAAAAGGGCUAUGUCACCCCAGUUCAAAACCAGGGAUCUUGUGGGUCAUGCUGGGCUUUCAGCUCAGUGGGUGCCCUGGAGGGUCAGCUGAAGAAGAAGACGGGUACCCUGGUCUCUCUUAGCCCGCAGAACUUGGUAGACUGCGACACAGAUAACUACGGCUGCCAGGGUGGAUAUAUGACCAAUGCAUUUGGUUACGUCAGGGACAAUGGUGGAAUAGACUCAGAUUCUUCAUACCCUUACAUUGGACAGGAUGAAGGCUGUCUGUACAACCCAACAGGCAAAGCGGCCACUUGUAAAGGCUUCAAAGAGAUCCCGGUUGGAAAUGAGAGGGCCUUGAAGAGAGCGGUGGCACAGGUUGGACCAGUGUCGGUCGGCAUAGACGCCAGCCUCCCUUCCUUCCACUUCUACAGCAAAGGGGUAUAUUAUGACAGAAACUGCGACCCCGAAGGCAUCAAUCAUGCUGUACUGGCUGUCGGUUACGGGAAUAUAAACGGAACAAAGCAUUGGAUCAUUAAGAACAGUUGGGGUGAACAGUGGGGUAGGAAAGGCUACAUUCUUAUGGCAAGAGAAAAGAAGAACGCCUGUGGUAUCGCCAACCUUGCCAGCUUCCCGGUGAUGUAAGGAGAAUCCUGAAAAAUCUCUGUUAUACCUUCUGGAUGAUGUAACCUCGUCUGCAAAAGAAUUCUUCAGUCUCCAGCUGGUGGUCUUAUAACGCAUUGUAACCCUUGGUCAUCGUGAAAUAAAGUCCCUGUUU